UUUUAUUUUUUUGUUUUUAUUUAAUAUUAUAACCAUAUAUAUAUUUAUAUCAUAAAUAAAAUAAAAAAUAUUAAUAAACAAUAAAUAAUAUUUAAAAAAUUAAAUCAAAUAAUAGUAUUGUAAAUAAAAUUAAAAAUGGGUAAUAACGGUUCAAAACAUCAUAAUACCAAUCAAUUAGAAAAUAUUAAUAAUGAUUAUAGUAAUAAUAAUAAACUAAACGAUAUUAAAGAAUCAAGUGAUUCAAUAAAGAACGGUGCAGAAUUUUCAAACAAUCAAGAGUCUACACAAGUACCUGAAAUUCAAAUUACUUCAAUAGAAAAUAAAGAUUCAAUAAAUAUUGCAAGAAGUGGCGAUUUACCAGUUGGAGACUCACCUGUUAUCGAACCUAAUGGUAAGCAAGAGGAAAAGGAAAUUUUACCACCUCCACCAGUAGAAAUAAAUCAUGACCAAGAAAAACCUUUAAUUGUUGACAAUGUAAAUGAAGAUUUGUUAUCCACCAUGAAAGUAGAAGAGGAUAUUUUACCACCACCACCACAAAUUUUUGUAGAGCAAGUUUCUGAUGAAAACGAACAAGAAAAAGAAAAUGAAGAUGAAGAGGGAUCAUCAAAUAAUAAAGAACAAAAAAUUGAAAAUGAUGAAAAUGGUGAUAUUAAAGUAGAAGUAGAAAGCUCUUUAGAUGAUAACAAAUCUCCAGCAGUCGCACCAGUUAGAGUUACAAGAGAAAGAUUCCAAACCAAAGCAGAGUCAGAGCUACUUAGUUUGUUUGAAAAAACCCCUAUUGUAGAUAU